UGGGUGCUGGUGGGCCUUGUUUCUCACGGCUUCGAAUGUGGCGCCGCUGACGUGCCCAGCGUGUACACUCGCGUUGCCUCCUUCCUCGGCCUCAUCGACUGGGCCAUGAAGAUGCCGAUGACCUACCCGUCCGAGCGUUUUGCCAAGAACUCAUCUGCCGUCUUUCCACCAUCAAAAUUGGUUGCUACUUGUGAGCAAUUCAAACAGCCAUAG